UUGGGAAAAAAAAAAAAAAAAAAAGAAAGAGAAAGAAAUACAGUUACAAAGCUACUGUGAAUUUUUUUUUUUCUUUUACAUAUAAAUAUAGAGAGAGAAAUAGAGAAAUUUUAAAACUGUGUUUUUCUGGAGAGACAAUAGCAAAAGCUUCGUGUACUGUGGGAGUGAGAGAGUGUUUGGGAUCGUGCAAAGGAAAAUAAAAUAAAUUGGAAGGAAAUUCAGGAUAGUGGUUAAAGCGAGCCCUAGAUAUUCGGGGAAAAAUGGCUUCGCCGAAGGUGGUGAUGGCCUCCACGUCAACGACUAAUCCGGAUCUGCCACGACAGUCAUCUAUAUGUUCCAUCUCUACCAUCAUCGCCGAUCUCCAACACGCCGAUGAUAGUAGAAACUUCGCUUCCAUGAACAUGGACGAUCUCCUCAAGAACAUGUACCCUUCCUCCGAACCACCACCACCACAACAACAACAACAACAACAAUCCGACUCCGCCUUCCCCGCCGGCGGAGGACUUGUUGAUGCCGGCGGUGGUGGCGCGUCGAUCUCACGGCAGGGGAGUUACUCGCUGCCGAAAGCAGUUGGGAGCAGGACAGUGGAGGAGGUUUGGAAGGCAAUCGUGGCCGGAGGAGAGAGUGAUCGGAGACCCGAGGACAGAGAUGGCGGCGGUGGCGGUGGUGGUGGUGGUUUGGAGGAGAUGACGUUGGAGGAUUUCUUGACGAAGGCUGGGGCGGUGAGAGAGGAGGAUGUGAGAGUUCCUCAGGUUGUCGGUUAUGGUGGUCAGUUUCAGAUGCAGUCUCAGGGUGUUGAGGCUCCGAUGAUCGUGGCAUAUGGAAAUGGAAGUAGUGGACGUGGAACUGCUGGGAGAGGAAAGAGAAGAGCCGUGGAGGAGCCUCUUGAUAAGGCUACGCAGCAGAAGCAGAGAAGGAUGAUCAAGAACAGAGAGUCCGCUGCCAGGUCUAGAGAGCGCAAGCAGGCUUACACAAUUGAGCUAGAAUCUCUAGUGACACGGCUGGAGGAGGAGAAUGCAAGGCUUUUGAGAGAAGAGGCUGAGCAGAAGAAAGAGAGGUUUAAGCAGCUCAUGGAGAACCUCAUUCCAAUGGUGGAAAAGCAAAAACAACCCCGUGUUCUACGUAGAGUUCAUUCUAUGAGCUGGUAGAUCACUAAAAUUCUCGAUCCUGUUUAUUGAUAAGAUUUCCAUGGUGGCUUGGAUUGAAGACAGUUAUAUUUUAGAGAUGAUAUUGGAGUGGGGGUGAAAAAAAAAAAAAAAAAAAAAAGAGAGUUUUGAAGAGAUUGAAAGAGAAUGAUUUCUGGGGUGAUUAACCUUCAGAAGUUAAAAGAAUAGUAGUUGAAGUAGACCUGUAAAGAGAACCAGAAUGCAGCUAAUUACAUCAAUUGAUUUCAGAAGAGAUGAUAUGUGCCCCUUUAAUACAAAGUUUAUAGGAAAGAAUUCUUGGGAACUUGUUGAUUUGCAUAGUUAGGUGCUUGUAGAAAAAGAAAAAUGUCCUUUUUUACAGAAUUAGUGGUAGGUCUUCAUCCAUGAUGCAGUUGGGAAGGAGGAGCUGAUAAUUGGACUAAUUAUACUAAUAAUAUAUGUUAAUUUAUAAGUAUAUUUGUUUAUUAAAGUGAAUUUAGCUGAUAGCAUUAUUUUAAAAACUCUUUGAUAUCUGAUAUUGGAAUCGCUUAGAUGCAGGUCUUGUUUAA